UCGGAGCUCACCGUUGCUCACCCAGCUCACCGCCGCCAGUGCCGUACGCAAGUAACAUCAGGAUGUGAUAAUUUGGAAACCGUACUGUGUGUCUGUCCAUGUCGGCGACCUCCGUCACGUUCCUCCGGUUUCAACGAGGACCUUAGAACGGCACGGAAAACGAUCGAAAGAUGUCCAGCGUGGACUGGGAGGAAGUCAAGCGACUGGCCGCCGAUUUUCAGAAGGCGCAGCUCAGCUCGACCUUGCAAAAACUCUCCGAGCGAAAUUGUAUAGAAAUCAUAACGACAUUGGUGGAGAACAAGCUUCUGGACAUUAUAUUUACCAAUGACGGCAAAGAAUACGUCACGCCGCAGCAUCUCGGGAAGGAGAUCAGAGACGAGCUGUACGUUCACGGUAAAAAAGUCAGCUUGGUCGACCUGGCGCAAAUCCUUAACGUCAACUUGUCGCAAGUGACUAGAGUGGUGACGGAGAUCGAGAGGCACAACAAGGGGCUGAAGGUGAUCCUGGGGCAACUUAUCGAUAAGAGUUACAUCAGUAAAAUUGCGGAGGAGAUAAACGACAAGCUCGUGCAGCACGGCUGCAUUAACGUGGCCGAAUUAACGCUCACUUACAAUCUACCGGCCGACUUUUUGCAAUCGGUCGUCGAGAAGGAACUUGGGAAGAUAGUACACGCCACCCAGGACUCCCAAGAUCCCAAGGUCUUUUACACCGAGAGCUUUAUCGCUAGAAAUAAGGCGAAGAUCAAAGGCGCCCUGUCCGCCGUCACGAAGCCUACGCCACUAUCCGCAAUACUGGGGCAGUGCGGCGUGUCGGAAAGAAUAUUUUUCUCAAUCCUGGAUAGUUUGCAAGAGGUGAAACAAGUGCCAGGAGUCGUGACUGGGAAACAGAGUGGAAACAGCAUUUACAUACCCACUAUAUACUCUAAAAGUCAAAAUGAAUGGGUUGAAAAUUUUUACAAACAGAAUGGAUACUUAGAAUAUGACGCCCUUACAAGACUCGGGAUAUCGGAUCCAUCGGGCUUUGUGAAACGUCACUUUCCGAACGAGAGCAUAGUCUUCCUAAAGUCAGUGGCUGUGGGGACGGUGGUAACGGAUCAAGUCGACGCCAAUAUCGAGGAGGCCGUUGCGACCGGAUCCUUCGUCGAUCUGUAUCCCCUUCUGCCGUCUGUGUUUAGCGACGAAGACGCGGAACUUCUUCUCAAAUUAGCCACGAAGAAGACGAGGGUCAAUGUGCAUAUAUUCGCGAAGACGGUUGUGGUCUCCGAGGCAUUUCUACAGACUUUAAUCAAGUCCCUCGAAGCCGUGGCGGAGCAAAAGGCUCGGGACAUGGUAGCCAGCGGAAAGUGGAUUCAAUCUGUCGUCGAGAGUAAAUUGAAAUCUAAAUCCGCGGACGUGAUCGUUGAGAGUAAAGUGAGCAAAAAGGAGGAACGAAGGAAAAAGGCAACUGUUGGUAAAGCGGGGGGCGGUAGUCAAGGCAGAGAAACCAGGACGAAGUCUACGAAGAAGAAAUAUCUUCAGGGAAAGACGCAGGAAAAUGACUCUGACGAAGACGACGACGCGAGGCAGACAACGGUCGGAAAGGGUGAGAUUACGUUGAUAUCCGUGGAGGAAGUGAAAGCGGAGGUCAUGAAGGACGAGAACGUAUCCGUUAUCGAGGAAAUGGCGGACGAAUUAGCGUACUAUUUGCAACCGAAAUUGAACAAGUCCGCGUUAUCGUUGGCGGAGCAAUUGGCGCAAUCCAACAAGACCACGAACCUGAGCGAGAUCGGCGAACGCCUGAACGUUCUGAUAACGAACAUUCGAAUAUUCGACAAAGGUAUCAAACAUCUGGAUAAGGCGGAUCAAGCUUCACUGACCAAGUACCUGCUCAAGUCUCUAGGUCUCGACUUUGUGACGAGUAUAUUUAAAUUGGCUGCUCAACAGAACAUGCUGCAAGUGGCGGAAAAUCUCACGACGGAAACGAGGCAAAGACUGCUGCUCGAAUUGCCCGCGGACGUCAAGGAGCCGUUGACCGCUAUCCACAGGACGGUGAUGGGAGAUUCGGUGGAGGACUUUUUGAACAGCGUCGACGGGGCGAUGGCAGCCUGCUGUCUGGUCCUGAAGAAGUACGAUAAAAAGAAGGAGCGGCCGCAGGUGCACGCACACAGAGAGGCUCUGCUGGAGGAGCUGAACGCCACGCAAGAUCCCGCGUUAACGUUACACCUAGUUACGAGCGUGCUCUUCACCGCUGUCACGCAGAACGCCUUACACAUGUCUGGCAGACACGUAACAACGGUUCUCGCGUUCCUUCAACAGCACUUGGAGCCCAAUACGAUGUCGACUCUUGCUAGAUACCACGAUUUAGUGCUCAAUUUGCUAAGCUCUCCUGACGAAAACGCAAAAAUGGAAGCCUCCAGGGCCUUGGAGGAAGGAUUGGUGGACAUAAAAAACAUUGCGAACAAUUUCAAGCAACAUGUGAAAAUAGACAAAUCUUGAGAGGGAUUACGCAAAAAUGCUGUAUAAUAUGAAUAAUGUAAUAUAGUCUAGACCCAUUUUCUGUAAAAGUAUUUGUUAUAUAUCAAUUAACGUUGUAUUUUAUAAUAAAAUAUACAAUAUACAUAUUUACAAUUUAAAAAAUCA